AAUAUGGUGGAAACAUUCUACCUAAAAUUUCUAUAUUCUCCACCUCUCUAAUGAUCUUUAGUUAAAAAAAUGAAACCCAAAUCCUCACCCUUUAAUGAUUCUCCAUCCACUAUUUCCCACUGUUAAAAACACACUUACAUACCCUCUCUUCUCUUACACUUAAAGCAAAACAAAUAAAAAAAUAAGAUCCCCACCCACACCCACACCCACACCAACUCAAACAUAAACAUAUCAAAUCCAAACUCAUCUCAAUUGAUGUUAAAUUAUUAGAUGGAUACCUUGUUUAGGUUAGUUACCCUUCAACAACAGCAACAGCAACAACAAUCUGAUCAAUCUUUUACUACAAGCAGAACCUCUAGCAGCUCUAAAUCCUCAAGACAAAACCACCACCAUCACUACCAUCAAGAAGAAGACGAAGAAUGCUUCAACUUUUUCAUGGAUGAAGAAGACUUUUCUUCGUCUUCUUCUAAACAUUACUAUCCUACUUAUCACCAUCAACAGCACACCACCACCACUACUACUACCACGACCACGACUCCCAAUACUACCACAAGUACUCCCACCACUCACCAUGCCCUAGAAUCCACCGAUCAUUUCUCCUUCUCCCCUUCUCAUGACCUAAAUUUUGAAUUCUCCGGCAAGUGGGCCUCCGAUUUGCUGCUCGAAACGGCUCGUGCUGUUGCGGAUAAGAACAGCGGCCGUGUCCAGCAAUUGAUGUGGAUGCUUAAUGAAGUUGGCUCGCCUUAUGGAGAUACGGAUCAAAAGCUUGCCUCGUAUUUUCUUCAAGCUCUUUUUAGCCGGAUGACUGACUCCGGCGAGCGGUGUUACCGGACUUUAGCUUCUGCUUCGGAUAAAACAUGCUCGUUUGAAUCUACGAGAAAGUUGGUGUUGAAGUUUCAAGAGGUGAGUCCUUGGACGACUUUUGGCCAUGUAAGUUGUAAUGGUGCAAUUAUGGAAGCAUUUGAAGGUGAAUCUAAAUUGCAUAUUAUUGAUAUUAGUAACACAUAUUGCACUCAAUGGCCAACUUUGUUAGAAGCCCUAGCUACUCGUACUGAUGAGACACCACAUUUGCGGAUAACCACCGUAGUGGCCGGAAAUACAAGCGGUGGCGGUGGCGGUUUAGCUUCAGUCCAGAGAGUAAUGAAAGAAAUUGGAAGCAGAAUGGAGAAAUUUGCUCGGCUUAUGGGUGUACCGUUUAAAUUUAACGUUAUACAUCACUCAGGUGAUUUAUAUGACCUAAACCUAGCAGAAUUAGACAUUAAAGAAGACGAAGCUUUAGCUAUAAACUGCGUUGGAUCUCUACACUCCGUUACAUCAGUUGGGAACCGUAGGGAUCACGUAAUCUCAAAUUUUAGAAGAUUAAAUCCAAGACUCAUCACAAUAGUUGAAGAAGAAGCUGAUCUUGAUCUAGGUAUUGAUGGAUUAGAAUUUGUAAGCGGUUUUCAAGAAUGUUUAAGGUGGUUUAGGGUUUACUUUGAGUCAUUAGAAGAAAGUUUUUCACGAACAAGUAAUGAAAGAUUGAUGUUGGAGAGAAGUGCCGGACGUUCAAUAGUUGACUUGCUGGCACGUCAGCCGGCCGAUUCAGUUGAACGGAGAGAAACGGCGGCACGGUGGUCUUCACGGCUGCAUGCAUGCGGGUUUAACGGUAAUUUAUUUAGCGAUGAGGUGUGUGAUGACGUACGCGCUCUUUUGAGAAGGUAUAAGGAAGGUUGUUGGUCAAUGACGCCGUGCGGCGACGCCGGAAUAUUCCUGUGUUGGAAGGAACAGCCGGUAGUGUGGGCUAGUGCAUGGAGACCUUGAUGAUUGGUUGUUCCUUUUUUUUUGGGUUUUUUAUUUUAAUUUUUGCAAAAACCAAAUUAAAUUUUGGUGGAGUGAUUGCCACGUGCUGUGUGUUUUUUUGGCACGUGCGCAGGGAUGGUUUGUGGAGGUGAUAGAGGAGAAAAGCGUAGGGGAAUUUGCUUUAAUUAUUUUGAAUAGAACUGAAGUAAAGUAAUUUAAAUUUAUCUUUUUAUUA